GUGUUCAACUGUGCAGUCAUGUACAAUGCUUCAUGCUUCAGUGUGCAUCGGGAGACAGUUAUCACACGCGACGUCAUCAAGGCAUCUCUUUCAGACUCUCACUACCAUCUCAAAAAUGCUUGCGAUUCUCGUCAAAGAUGGCAAGGGCCCCAUUGAUAACCUUUAUCUAGGUGAAGCUCCAACUCCGGACCCCAAAUAUGGUCAGGUUAUAGUCAAGAUUAAAGCAUUCGGAUUGAACAGGAUGGACAUUCUUCAGCGUAAGGGAAACUAUCCUGUACCCCCUGGAGCCUCUGAUAUCCUCGGUGUCGAGUUUUCGGGAACCGUCAGCACACUGGGUGAGGGCGUAACCAAGUUCAAAAUGAACGACGAAGUCUUUGGUAUUGCGGGAGGAGGUGCUUAUGCCGAGUACAUCACGGUCCAGGAAACUCAUCUCUUUCUAAAGCCAUCUCACCUUAGCUGGACCGACGCCGCAAGUAUACCGGAAGUAUUCUUAACAGCCUAUCAAGCUCUCGUGGUAUAUGGCGAGAUGAAGGAGGGCGAGAAUGUACUGGUACAUGCGGCAGCGUCCGGUGUUGGAAUUGCCGCUAUCCAGCUGGCUCGUGUCAGAGGCGCAAAGACCGUGAUUUCCACAGCUUCGACCAAGGAAAAGCUAGACUGGUUGGUCAAUAUUCCCAAUGGUGCCACGAACGGUGUCAAUUACAAAACCCAAAACUUUGCCGAAGAAGUCAAGAAGAUAACCAAUAACAAAGGUGUAGAUGUGGUCAUCGACUUUGUUGGCCAAAAUCAUUGGAACAAGAAUAUAGAAUCGAUGGCGAUGGAUGGUCGUAUGACCAUGCUCGCUCUCUUAAGCGGCGCAAAGGUAUCCGAGUUUGAGCUUACCCCCCUCCUCUACAAACGUCUUCGCAUUCAAGGCUCGACCCUUCGGUCUCGCACGAUGGCUUACCAGGCCGAUCUCAUCAGAAGGUUCACCGACGAUUUCCUUGAGUUAAUUACUGGCGAAGAUGGGCAGGGACCAAUCAAAACAUAUAUUCAUAAAGUAUAUUCAUGGAAAAAUAUUCAAGACGCCCAUAGGGAUAUGGAAGGAAACCAAACAAUAGGAAAAUUGGUUGCAGUCGUGGAUUAACUAUAUCAACUAUCAUGUACCAUGGACCUGAAGGUCUCGGAAGACUAAACUUGAAUGGGACUCCCUGCGAAGGAUAGCCUCGCCAGUAAGUGUCAAAUAAGGCGAGUUAAGACGUCUACAACCGCGAAUGGUGACUCCCGUUCAUGUUCGCACAAAUGACACCUGCCA